AUGCCUAUCCCAACUAGCGAACUCGUCAUUUUUGACACUACAGAAGCGAUUCGUAAGGACCGCUCAAUCUUGAAACCUGCAUUCGAGCUAGUUUCAAAGUCUAGUGGUAUCCAGAUACCUGCCUACGUUGGAAUCCAGAUCGAGAAUCCUGCUAAAGGCUAUGUCUUCAUGAACUGGGAUAGCCUAGCACACCAUCAAGCGAUGCUGGCUUCCCCCUCGUACCCGAACCUGCUCGAAGCCCUGAAACCCUGCAUAUGGGGGUUGGUCGAAGAUCCCGUCGCAGUCAAGCAGCCUGUCACGGAAGUUCUCCUCCUUACCAUCAAGAACCCCAGUAAUCGCACAGAGGUGUUUGAUAUCCUCACCAAGUUCUCGGACUCGACUAAGAAGAUGGCCGUGUUUGGUCCUACGCUGGAAGAUAAGAAUGUGAUUAUUUUCGUUGCUGGUUGGCGGAGCGUUGAGGCUCAUUGGGAGGCGGUCGCUAAGCCUGAGACGAAAGCUGCGCUUGAACGGUUGUACACUCUUGCCAACAAGGACCAUCUAUUCCACACCAGCUUCACCUCUUUCACGGGAAAGUAG